AUGUAUAAUACGAAUGUUGGUAUAUUUGCCUCACCAGAACAACAUUCGCUUUUUCCUAUGACGAUUCCUUGUCCAAAUAUCUCGAGUGAAGAUUAUCGGGUCUUUUAUCGUCACGAACGACGAUUAUUGACUCUCUUACUCGUAUCUCUACAUCGAGAGGUAGCUCAAUCGAUACUCAUAUUGGGUUUUCUUUUAUGGGUCGAGAGAGAAGGGUAUACCUCAAAAAAUCUUGUUCAAACCAUUCUCCGUUCUUUGUCAUUAGACGUUGUAAAUUUGGUCAUCGAUGAGGUUGUGAUUUGCUUGAAAUGCAUAGAAAAAAAAGAAAAUAAGGCUGAACUCGAUCAAAGCAACAUCACACAUAAUAUAGAGUUGCUACAAAAUUUUUUGGAUCGAAAGAAGAUAUGUUUAAAGGAAUUACAUAAAAAUUGUAUCCGAAUUUUGGAUGAGGUGUCUUGUAUAGCAAAAGAUGUUUGUCAUAAGGCACUUGAUGACAUCAUGCAUCAGUUUAUAAAACGUGACACACCUCUACCAACAAUUGCAUCCUCUAUGGCCGAUAUUAUCACUACAACUUGUACUACUCGAGGGUCUAUUUCUCGCUACCUUUCUAUAGGUCCAAGUGUCCCCUUUCCUUCUAGUAGCAACUCUCUUGCAUUGUACACUGAUUCCACUAUUGUUGCACUACAAAAUAGGCCCAUUUUUGCAAAUGGUUCUUCGCUAAAUCGAAUGCUUGACUUAGGCAAAUCUUCUAAAAAUAUAUUUUUUCCAUCACUCAUAAAAGACGAUCAAGAACAUGAAGUAGUAUCACCAGAUGAUCGAACCAUAUUCCUCACAUUCUCAAAAGGGUAUCCCAUAUCUGAAAGCGAAGUUAGAGACUAUUUCACUAGUUACUUUGGGGAUUUCAUCGAGGAGAUCUAUAUGCAUGAUGUAGGACCAGACGAACAAUCACUAUAUGCUCGAAUUGUAGCUUUCUCGGCUUGUAUGGUUAAAGUGAUAGUGGAGAGAGAUGGUCCUCAUGGAAAAUCCAAAUACAACAUUAACGGAAAGCAUGUUUGGGCUAGAAAAUAUGUCAAAAAGAAACCUUCUAGGAUGUCACCUAAUUAA